AUGGACAGCAACAAGGACGAAGCAGAGCGAUGCAUGGAACUCGCGGAGCGAUUUAUGCGAGAAAGAAAAUAUGAGGAGGCCGAAAAGUUCAUUCGCAAAGCUCAGAAGCUUUAUCCGACCAAGAAGGCGGAUGAACUAUUGGCGGAAGUAACGGUACUCUCAAAGCAGAACCAGAAAUCUGAGACGACUGAAUCUAAUGUUAGAAAGCGACAAAAUAUAGCUAAAGACAGUACAUAUUCCCAGGGUAACUCAGAGUAUUCCAAAGAACAGUUGGAGCAUGUAAAGAGGAUAAAAAAAUGCAAAGAUUAUUAUGAGAUUUUAGGAGUCAGUAAAGAUGCUACAGACAGCGACAUUAAAAAAGCUUAUAAGAAAUUAGCACUUCAAUUACAUCCUGAUAAAAAUAAAGCACCAGGCGCUGCCGAAGCUUUUAAAGCUAUUGGCAAUGCUGUUGCUAUUCUUACCGAUACGGAGAAACGGAAACAAUACGACACAUAUGGUCCCGAAGAAGAACGAGUGCAGAAUGCACACAACCGCCAAGGUCAUACACAUUACAAUUAUACCCGUGGAUUUGAAGCCGAUAUCACAGCCGAAGAAUUAUUCAACAUGUUUUUCGGUGUUGGUUUUCCACAACAAGAAUUUUAUAUGCGUCGGCCAGGUGGAAGGUGGAUGCGUCAGACAGAUGCGCAAGCGCAACAUGCUCAUUCUCAGCAAAUAAAUGGAUAUACCACAUUUCUUCAGAUGUUACCAGUUCUGUUACUAAUAAUGUUAACCAUGAUGAGCAGCUUUUUCAUAUCCGAUCCAGUAUAUAGUCUACAUGCAAGUUCGAAAUAUUCUGUGGCCAGAACAACUCAGGCUUUGAAAGUAUCAUAUUAUGUUAAGGAGAACUUUCAUAGUGAAUAUCAAGGCAGUUUACGUAGGUUAGAAAUUUCAAUUGAAGAAGAGUAUGUGAGUAACUUGAGGCAAACUUGCGCCAGAGAGAAAAAUUACAGGGACAGUAUAAUGUGGAAAGCCCGUAAUUUGGGAGAUCAAGAACUGUUCUAUAAAGCUAAAAAUCUCGAAACACCUUCGUGUAAAAAACUACAAGACCUGCAAGCAUAAUGUGUAAAACAUGUCACCUAAGAAUAGAAGUUUUGCGUGUUGUAGAUAGAUGUAUAAUAUAUUUACACAUGUAUAAUUAUCUUUGGGUGUAUAAUGAAAAUUUGUUAUAAAAGAAUUACAUAAAAUGUCUUUAUACACUCAGAGUAAAUAAAUCAGAGUAUAUUUCAAUG